GAAGGCUAUUUAAGGGUCUGUUUGUGAGCACAUGUUGUCACCAAUAAUUUACUGUUUUCAUAAAGGUAAAGACUGAAAUGAAGAGUGAUCUCUCUCUCUCUCUCUAACCCAACACGUGAUCACCACAAUCUCAGUGAUCCACCCUGUCCUCUUUCUCUCUCUAGGAUGCACACCAUGUCGUGCCUGUUCAUGCCCCAUUAAUGGAAUCUCUCUUCAUGGGUUUCUCGUCGUCUUCAAUACUGGACCAACCCCCUCUGAUAUAUCAUCUCUUCUCUCGUCUUUUCCUUGUCACUGGGCCAGCUGUUUCAAAGGCCAUGGAAUCCAUCAAAAAAUAAAGAAAUGGCGGCCUCAAGCUGCCAUUCUAGGGUUUUCUUGGUCCUGAGGAGCGAUGGUGUCCACGAACUUCUAUUUAGGGUUUACUGUCCUGAGAAUUGACCUGAAUAAGAGAUGGUGACUCUCUCGAUGUUUUUUCUGAUUCUGGGAAUUGAUCCGGUUAGGAAUGGUGUUGUUGAGCUCCCGUUCUAGUGUUUACCGGUUCAUAGAAUUAACCGACAAUGUCGCUUUGAGCUUCCAUUCUAGGGUUUGAUUGUACUGAGAAUUGACGCAGAAAAUAAUGGUGUUCUCAAGCUUCCAUUCUAGGGUUUUCUGGUUCUGAGCUUGUGGUUUGGUGAGUAUGGGGGUCUUGGGUGAGGCCUGGUGCUUUUGUUCAGGAGGAGGAAGGUCCGAAAAAAUAAAAGGGACCAUUUUGGGCAGCAAAGGUCCAGCCAUGGCUAGGGUUUGUGGAAAAACUGGUUUCCUCAUUAACAGAGCUCUACUUCUCACUACUCAUGCUAAUCUUCCUUCACCUGCUUCAGCUCAAGGGGUGGAGAUCCAGCUCCAUUGCCGGAGGACUGCGAAGCUUGUUCCUCAAAGGUUCUUCCUCACAAGUUCUGUUCUGGACCUGACUGUAGUGGGCGUCGACCCCAUAGAUUCUGAAACUUCUCAGCAAUCCCAUUUCUUAAGGACCUGCACCCACCCAUGCCUUGACCUAAAUAGUGCAGUCUAUCUCUUGGGGCAUUCUGAAGAGGGAGAACUCACUGUGGGCGAGGGCAAAGUGGUCAUUGCCACUGAUAAUCUCAUCAAGCUCUCGACAGAUGGGAUCGCAUGGGGCCCAGGAUUUGCUGGUUUCGACGCCCAAGGUAAUCUCGCUUUCAUGGUCUGUGACCCCAUGAAGCUUGCCUCUUCUCCCACUACAAAAUCCUCUUCCUCUUCUUCUUCUUCUUCAUGGAAGAAGGAGCUUCCAACCCAAUUUGGAAUACCCAUUCCUGUGAUUUGCCAUUGGUUGAAUCAGCAUUGGGAGGGUAGCUUGGAUGAUCUCAACAAACCCAAGAUGCCUCUGAUAAGAUUGAUGUCGGUGGGGCAAAAGAGUGACCAUUCGAGUGCUUCCUUCACUCUACGUCGUGUCUUUAAAUCCUCAGAUGGGGAUGAGAGAGAAGAAGAGGCCUCUUUCUCUCACAAGAAAACCUUAAAUGGGUCUGGAUCAAGUUCAGCUUCAAUAACUGUUUGCAGAGAGGAACCCAAUUUCCACACAUAUACCCAUGAUCAAGGGAUACCUACUCCCGAGAUAUAUGAAUCUCCUCGGAUGACGUCUCUGUUGAUUAGGAAAGAGAGUUGUACCCAAUUGCCACUUUUAGAUAUAAAUUUCCCUCCAAAGAAUCCACGGUCAAUUGUCUUGCCAUCGACUUUUGGAGAGAGAAAUGCAGUGAGAGAAUCUCACUGGGAUUUAGUUCCGAAUCCCAAUGAGGACAAGCUCGAGGAGCAUGCAUCCAAUGGAGAGGAAGAAGGAACCCAAGAAGCCCCUCUGUCUUAUCACCGCGAUGAAGUCGAGUCUGGCCUUGUCGUUUCCGAUGAGAGAGAUAACGAAUGCUGCAGUGAGGUGGAGUCCAGUUGUUCACGGAUGAUGUGCGGUGAAGAGAGAGAGGGGUUUUUAGGGGAUGGAGAGUGCAGCAGUGAGGUGGAGACCAUGUACUCUGCAGAGACUAGAGAGAGUCGCAACUACGGAAGCCCAGGAGGAGAGAGAGUGGGGCAACAAAAGGUGGUGGGAAGAAGCCAGAGCUGUGUAAGUUACGGGAGGUGGGCUUCUGGGAGGAGAAAAGUAGUUGGGCUUGAGAAACAACAGAGCUUUGUGCAAGGAAGGAAGUUUCCAGCUUCUACUGCAGCAUCUUAUAGGGGAAGAGAUUAUUACAGCCCCACGGUUUCUUCAAUUAUGAAGAAGAGGCCUGGGUUGGAGCAACCGAGUAGGCCGAGGCCUAAUGGGGCGCACCUGUCUCCUCGAUGGAUGCUUUGAUUUGGGGGUUCUCUGGGUCUCUGGUGCAAGUGUUUUUUUGCACUCAUUUUGAAAUUGAGAUCUCCUUACGAUUGAGACCAUUGACAGAGAAAUGAAAGUGAAACUUUUUCAUCCAAUUUCUUCAAAGGUGUAAGGUAAAUUGGAUUCAAGCUUUUGUUAAGUUGCUUACUUAAAGAGUUUAUUAAGAGAGGUCUGAGGAAGAAAUGUUCCUUCAACAAUGUCAUAUACUUAAUUUUGAGUCACCCGUUGUUUUUCAUUGUGAGGGCUGGUUGGACUGGAUCUGGUUUAAAAAGUAAGCCAAAAAUUUACUGGGUUCGCUGUUGGAGCAAAUUUGAAAAGGUUGGACUUUGGGGACUUAUUGGUAUUGCCAUGGGGAUGCAGUUGUGUGCUUGGUCUUCUACCGUUCCUGUCUCCUGAUACAUUUGAGGAUAUUCUGGCCGGCAAGUUGCAAGGAUUUACCAUUGUUUUCUUGGCCUUGUAUGUGCAUUAUUUAUUUAUAAUUGGAAUUUCAUGUAUUAGAACUUCUUUUUGUAUUUCUUUCAUUAAGAAAUUCAAAUUUAUGGGUGGUGCAGGACAAAGUUUUGCAACUA